GUCAUUCGCUUUUGUUUUUUCAAACCCCUCUACUCAGAGCAAGCACAUUUUUGAUUUUGCUCUUCCCUGUUCUCCAUGAGAAGUAAAUAGCACGAAGAUGCAGUCUACACUAACCCCAUCCGCCAUAUUCAAGCUCAUUAUAACCAUAACAUUGCAGCUCCAAACACUUCCCACUCUCGCAGCUCUCUCCCUCUGCCGAAACUCCUGCGGCAGCAUUGCCAUAAAGUACCCAUUUGGCCUCGACGAUGGGUGCGGCGCGCCGCAGUUCAGGCAGAUGCUAAACUGCACCACCGACUUAUUCUUCACAACCCCCUCCGGCAUCUACAAAGUCCAAUCCAUCGACUACGACAAGAAGUCAAUGGUGAUCUAUGACCCAGCAAUGUCCACAUGCUCCAUCCUACAACCUCACCAUGACUUUCAUAUGACGCCCAUUCAGUCCAUCAUAAUACCUCCCACGUCGGACACCGUCUUCGCCUUACUAAAUUGCUCCGUCGACUCCCCCGUCCUUAACCACUACAAGAAUCUAUGCUUCAACUUUUCCGGCCACUCCUGCGACGAGCUUUAUGGGCCGUGCAAUGCGUUCCGGGUGUUCCAUUUGUUGUCCAACAGUUCUCCUCCCUGCUGUUUUACUGGGUACGAUACGGUGAAGUACAUGAGCAUGGAUAUCUUGGACUGCUCGCAUUAUACCACCGUGAUUAACACUGAUGAGUUGAAGGGAAUGGGACCGUUGGAUUGGGUGUACGGGAUCAAGCUGUCCUUCACUGUAGCGGACACUGGAUGUGAACGGUGUGCGCAGUCCGGUGGUUCUUGUGGGUUUGACACUGAGACUGAGGGGUUGGUCUGCCUUUGCUCAAGUUAUGUGAAUUCCACUAGAGAAUGUGCUGCAGGCAGUAUCACAGCUGAAGGACAGAGUCAUGGUCCUCCAAGGUUACUGUUCCAAGCACUUGUUUUGAUUCUGGGGACAUUUCUUCGCAUGAGUUUAUGAUGAUGUCUAGCUGUUAUUUGAUCUGUUUUUUUUGAGUUGGGUUGUUAUUUGUAAUGUCUUUACAGAUCGACUUCAUUAAUUAUGGAGAGCCUUUUUUGUUUGGGUUUUGCAUUCUUAAUUUCCAAGUGCCAAAGAUAGCUGCUGGAAGGGAUCAAUUCUCAUGUGCAUGAAGCUUGUGUCUACUUUUCACAUUUUUAGCCUUGUGUGUCAUACAUGGCUG